AUUUUCUAGCCCGCAGCUUCAAUUCGAUGAUCACGCCCUCUCCGUUGAAGUGCAUUAGAGGGUAAACAUGGAUGGGAGCGCAGGAUCAAGCAAGAAGAGUAAAAAGAGCAAGGAGUCCAAAUCACUUGGGGAUAUUCAGCAUGAAGCAGAUUUCCUGAUCAAACCGGAAUCGGCAGUAGCCAAACUCGAGACGGCCCACUGGCCCUUGCUUCUAAAGAACUAUGAUAAAUUAAACAUCAGAACGGGGCAUUAUACGCCAUUACCCAAUGGUUGCUCACCUCUCAAACGGGAAAUCAAGGAUUAUAUCUCGAGUGGGUUUAUCAACCUUGACAAGCCUGCCAAUCCUUCAUCUCAUGAGGUCGUGUCGUGGAUCAAGAAGAUUCUCAGGGUCGAGAAGACGGGUCACAGUGGGACCCUUGACCCCAAGGUCACCGGCUGCCUCAUCGUCUGUAUAGAACGAGCCACACGAUUGGUCAAAUCACAGCAGAGUGCAGGCAAGGAAUAUGUCUGCAUAGUCAGGUUACAUGAAGCUAUUGAAAACCAGUCAAAACUAGCCAAGGCUAUUGAAACGUUGACAGGAGCACUGUUCCAGAGACCGCCUUUAAUAUCAGCCGUCAAACGACAACUUAGAGUGAGGACAAUAUACGAAAGCAAACUCAUCGAAUACGACCCACAAAGACAUUUAGGUAUUUUCUGGGUGAGCUGUGAAGCAGGAACCUAUAUCAGGACACUAUGCGUUCACCUUGGACUCCUGUUAGGGGUCGGAGGUCAAAUGGCAGAACUCAGGAGAGUGCGAUCCGGUAUUCAGUCAGAAAAGGAAGGGUUGGUGACGAUGCACGAUGUCAUGGAUGCCCAGUGGGUCCAUGACAACCAUAAAGAUGAAGGUUACCUCAGGAGAGUCAUCAAGCCGAUGGAAGCCUUGCUUACAGGUCACAAGAGAAUAGUACUCAAAGACAGCUCGGUGAAUUCUGUCUGCUACGGAGCCAAGGUCAUGCUUCCCGGCGUCCUCCGCUUCGAGGACGGCAUCGAGAUCAACUCAGAGGUUGUGCUGAUGACCACCAAGGGAGAGGCCAUCGCUCUUGGCAUCGCAUUGAUGACCACAGCGACCAUGGCAACGGUUGACCAUGGCCUUGUGGUCAAGCUAAAGAGGGUCAUCAUGGAGAGGGACGUGUACCCCAGAAAGUGGGGCCUCGGGCCAAAGGCGAGCAUGAAGAAGAUGAUGAUCAAGCAAGGGAAGCUGGACAAGCAUGGCAAACCAAACGCAGACACUCCCAAGGAUUGGGUCAAAGGCUAUGAAGACUACAGUGUGAAGAAAGAGCCGGUUGAGGAAGAGAAGCCUGUAGUGGAGACGCCCGUCAAGAAGCGAAGGAGAGAAUCAAGUACCUCGAGCACCGAGGCUCCUCCAGUCACGCCCAGUGGGGAUGCAUCUGCUGUCAAAGAGAAGAAGAAGAAAAAGAAGGAUAAAAAAGUGAAGGAAGAAGUAGUGGAAGAGGAAGAAGAGGAGACGAUGGAAACAUCAGUGGCAGAGACGCCUAAGUCAGAGAAAAAGAAGAAGAAAAAGAAAAUGAAGUCUGAACCAGAGGCAGAGGAGGAAGAGGAGAUGGUGGAAGAAACAGCAGCUGAGACUCCUAAGUCAGAGAAGAAGAAAAAGAAAAAGAAGAUCAAACUCGAACAGGCAGAAGAGGAGGAAUCACAGGAAACAGUAGUUGAGACCCCAUCAUCAGAAAAGAAGAAGAAAAAGAAGAAAAAGAAGGAGAAGACAGAGGAUGAUAGCUGAGAGAGUGAUCUUUUAUUUUUCUACAAACUGUGCGAGAGAGGCAGGUCACCCAUUACCUUGCAUUUGGAAGAUUCAGGGAGGUAUUUCUUCAGGGGAGCAUUCCAUUAAAGGACUUGAUGGAUGUUCUCUCCGACGAAGUAUGUUUUUUAUCUGCAAUGAUAGCGACUCGGCCAAUCAAGACGGAGACAAGCUGUCAGAUCUGGGGUCCGUUGCAGAAAGAGUUGCGUUAAAUGCAAGUCCAAAAAUCAAUUGCAAUUCCCAAAAUGCGCGCUGUGGAUUGGUUGAAAAUCAAGUCGUGCAUGAUUUUUAGAGAUGCGAUUGAUAGCAACUCUUUCUGCAACGGAGUCCUUACAACUUGAGGGAUGACACAUGUUGGUGAAAUGCUCGCCAAAUUAUCCGAUCUCUGUAAAACAGAUGUUUGCAAUCGAUAAAAAAAAUAACAAUGAUUGAUUGAGAUUCUUCAAUGUACCCUCAUUCAUAAACCAGAAUCACCAUUUGCCUUAUUUUGGGCUCGUCUCGGCCAGUCAUAUUGUCCUGCCACUGACAUCCCGUGGCCCCCUCUGGCCAUCCUUGAGCCAUGUGAUGUGGUGGGGGAAAUCCUGAUAGUGAUCAUUAUGGUGAAUAUACAGUUCAUUGCAUGAUGGCUACUGGGGGUGUUUCACAAAGACUUAAGCAUGAAUUAGAGUCCGAGUUAAAUUUCAGUUGCAUGUGCUAUAGAAGGCAUCAGCGCAUUGGUCAAAUCAUGCGAAGAUGAAGUGCGGUAUUGCGAUUAUUUAAUGAUAAGAUCGCGCGUCGCAUAUCAUGAGCACGUCUGCAUUUAACCAUGCUCCAAGUCUCACUUAAACUCUAUGUGAAACACCCCACUGGGCCCUGUUGCAUAAAAAUUGCCAUUUCAGUAACUUUGCCAUCCAAUGGUAACGACCAUGGUAGCGAUGGUAAUCAGCCAAUCAGAAUCAAGGAUUCCAUUACAGAUACCAUUAGCUUGCAUAGAUACCAUAAUAGUAGCUUUUAUGCAAUAAGCCCCUGAUCAUAAAUCGUGAGUCCACUUUGGAUGUUUGGUAGAACUUGUUACUGAGUAACUUUAUCCCGGUUUCAAAGUUCCUCACGAAAAGAGAUUAUACUGUUCAGAUGAAAGUAAAUCUAUUUUUCAAUAUAUUUUCAACCGUAGAAAUGCCUUUU